AGGCGAAAAUGAAAAGUUCCACUAGAGCGGUAAAAAUACGUCCGUCAAAAUAUAAUGGGACUAAUUUUGGUUCAACCAAGUAAACCGCAAAUCAAAACUUGUUUGAUGGAGUAAGGAUUAAAAUGAAAGGUGGUAGUGUCGGUUUUAAUACGCGAUAUUCAAAGACCAAGAACUAAAAUGUUGGAAUUAAUAUUAUUUAAAAGAAGAAAGCGUAAAGUGUGUGUCUUUCAAAAUUUUUAUAAAUCACCAUGCCAGAGUUUUUAAAAUUGUUGUAUUCAAAAUGGACACUGAACCAUUGCAAGAGGAUUGGUGUAACAUUAUGCUGCUUGCUUCUGUUUUGGUUAUAUAUUGAUUAUAUUUUCCAUCCUCAAGGAAAACGUUUUGUACCCAAAAGUAAUUUGGCAUCAUAUAAUUUCCAAUACCUUAUCAACAACGAUAUUUGCAAAGCAGAUCCAUUCCUUUUGAUAUUGGUCCACACAGCAGUUGAUCAUUUUGAACACAGAAAUGUUAUUAGAAAUACUUGGAAGAACCCAAGACUGGAAUUACCAACUACCAAAGUGGCUUUUCUAUUGGGAACUACUGAUAAAUAUCAAGGCGAAAUUGAAAAAGAGAACGAACUGCACAAAGACAUCGUACAAGGUGACUUUUUGGACUCGUAUCGGAAUUUAACUUACAAGCAUGUCAUGGGUUUGACAUGGGCAGCCACCUACUGUAAUAGAACUAAAUAUAUUAUGAAAAUGGACGACGACAUUUUCACCGAUAUUUACCAAUUGAUGGAUUACAUCACAAAUCGGAUAAAGAACCUUGAUCUGAGAAAUAACAUUGCAUGUUAUUUCCAGACGGGCAUGCCGGUGGUCAGAGAUCCAGUCAGCAAAUGGUUUGUAUCUAAAGAAGAAUUUGUGUCAGACACUUUCGAUGAUUAUUGCUCUGGUUGGGCUUACCUAACCACAACUCACGUCGCACAACGCUUAUGUGAAGCAGUCAAGAAACUACCUUAUUUCUGGGUAGAUGAUGUCCAUCUCACAGGAACAGCAGCUAAGUUAGCAAAUGUUGGGCAAAUACGAAUGAAUCACUUGUUUGCUUUAGAAUCGGAUGGUCUAAUCGACUGGACACGAAGGUCACUCAACCUAAAGUGGGAUAAAGUGUUUGCUCCAACGUGGGGUGACCUUGCCCUUAGCAGAAGGGCUGACAAAAAAGCUUUUAAAUGCUAUAGAACUAAGUGCAAAUGCUGUUAUAAGCCACCAACAACUCCUAAACCAACUACGACCUCGACAACAGUCAAAGGAGUAGCACAAUUGAUUUUGUUUCCUCUUCAUUAGAUUAAUGUGAUAUAAGUACAUUUAUUUAAAGCUCUCUUAAGGAAUCUUUCAACUAUGCAUGUGAAUACAGGGAAGAAUCUUUGAAGCAUCCAAUGAAAAGAGAAAUCUUGAGCAGCUAUACAUUUAAUAAUCUGAAAGUUCCUAAAACAAGUCAAUAUAAAAUGUGUGUAUAAAAAGAAUAAAAUAAAUCAAUUAUUAAUAAAAAUA